UCUGUUUUUCGAAAUGGUUUUGCUUUGAAGUUUUAAUCUUUGUUUUGUUUUUCAGGGUUUAGUCAUAUGUAUGCUAAUGUUUCUGAAAGAAGCACGCUUUGGCUAGUUCUGUUGUGAGAGCUUGGACUCUUGGUGCAUGAUUUUACACAGUGAACUGCUGUCAAUUUUGAUUCAAAUUUUGAAUUGUUUGGGGGUGAGUUUCAUUAUGUUGAAGGUUUAGGUGCUAUUUGAUUAUUUGUUCAUAAUGUGUGUGAUAUUUUGAGUAAAGCAAAUAAUCAAAUAGUAGAAGGAAGAAGAAGAAGAAGAAGAAGAAGAAACAAAUAAUACUAAGUAGAAGUAGAAGAAGAAGAAGAAGAAAAAGAAGAGAACAUUUUCUAGGACACAAAUUCGAUAUAUUAUCGAUGGGAAAUAAGUUGGGAAGGAAGAAGCAAGUGGUGGACGAGAGGUAUACACGUCCGCAGGGGUUGGAUUUAGAUAUAGAUGUGGAUAUUAAGAAGCUGAGAAAGCUGAUACUUGAAUCAAAGCUCGCUCCUUGUUAUCCCGGGGAUGAAGAGUGCUGUUCUGAUCUUGAAGAAUGCCCAAUUUGCUUUUUGUAUUAUCCAAGUCUCAACAGAUCAAGAUGUUGCUUGAAAAGUAUUUGUACAGAGUGUUUUCUGCAGAUGAAGAAUCCAAAUUCGGCCCAUCCUACCCAGUGUCCUUUCUGCAAAACUCCAAACUACGCGGUGGAGUAUAGAGGUGUAAAAACGAAGGAAGAAAAAGGGAUAGAGCAAAUUGAAGAACAACGUGUCCUAGAAGCACAACUUAGAAUGAGGCAGCGUGAACUUCAGGAUGAAGAAGAGAGGAUGCAGAAAAGACGAGGAUUAAGUUCUUCAAUCUGUGUUGCAUCGGGAGAAGUCGAAAAUAGUUUGGUUGCAGCUCAUUCCUCGGACCCGGAGGAAGUAGAUUCUUCUCAAGAUUCCCAAGUUGCCUUGAUGAUUGAACAACCCUCAAAUAGGAAGGGAAACAGUUUCAGGGAUGAUUUUGACUUGGAUCUUGAGGACAUGAUGGUCACAGAAGCAAUUUGGCAGUCAAUUCAGGAUGAUAGCAGGCUGAGAAGUUCUAACUGCGGAGAAGCUGCUUCUUUGGUACAAUAUGUUUCAAGCGAUCGCUAUCUCUCUCCUGCCACAACCACAGUGGCUGGUUCAUCAUCAUCUGCUUCCGGUGGUCUUGUUUGUGCACUAGCUGCCUUGGCUGAGCGUCAGCAGAUGACUGGAGAAUCUUCUCUCAAUUAUAACAUAAACAUGCCAGCAUUUGAUAUGCUUCCCGGCUGCAGCAGCAGUAAUUUGGACCGAGUUGCUGAGUACUAUCCUCUGGCACAAACUCCGGUUGACAUGUAUCAUAAAUCAGAAGUUGCUGAUGCAGGGACUAGUUAUGAAAGCUCCGAUGUGACAGAAUAUGUCGACGCAAUCUCCACAAUACCACAGCAAGCUGAAACAAGGGCCGGUUUUUGUAAUCUCCCCGAACCCAUCAUUCCCGAGAGUUACGAGGAGCAGAUGAUGCUGGCGAUGUCUAUAUCAAUGGCUGAAGGUAGAACUAUGACAAGAGGCAUUGGAUUUUCAUGGCAUUAGAGUUCCAUGGUCAAGCUACAAGUUAUCCUCUUUUUCAAACCGAUGAUACUGACCAUGGCUGUUAGCUAACCGCACUUCGAGCCGUGACAAAGUGCACGAGUAGCCCCCCACAACCCUGUUUAAAGGUCAAUGCAUUGAUGAUCUUUUCACUCCAUACAUAGGUACCAAUUUGAGAAAAUGUGUACUUCAUAAGUUAAGUGUAUAUUUAAGCCCCCAAAAAAAAUGUUUUAUCAUUGAAUAUCGGUAUUUAUG